AUGAGUGGCUCACGCGCGCAUCCGCCGGCUAGAGAGCUCGUCUACUGUCACCAGUGUGAAGACGAAUGGUAUCGCGACGAACACGGCAUAGUCUGCCCGCAGUGCCAAUCCGAUUUCACAGAGAUCUUAGAGGGACACAACGACCCACAAUCAUUUGCGGGAGAUCGGACAGAGGAAGAGCAUGAUCACUUUGCACCAGAUCCUGACGAAGAUGAUAUCGAUCACUACCAGUGGCGUGGUCAGGGCCCGCAACAGCAUGGUUUCGUUCGAGAAAAUAGUCCCGGCACACCAGGCCAGACGGGAACAGGCGGAUCGGACUUGCCAGGCUUUGGUGGAGUCUUCCGAAUACUAGGCCAAGCGGUACGAGCGGUCACGGAAGCAAAUACACAAAACAGAUCCGCUGCUACGCCCGAUCAGUCCACCGAACGACAGGGAUCUCCUUUCCGAAACGAACCAUACAUGCACCCUGACGUUGCAGCUUCACCGAAUGGCUGGACUACGCAGCAGCAUCGCCAUGUCGGACCCAAUUUCAGUUUCACAAUCACUUCGUCAACGAGGUCAAAUCUGGCUCCACGUAAUGCCAACGCACCUCAAGCAUUUGAGCCACAACCUGACCCGAUCGCGGAGCUUCUCGGGCAGAUCAUUGGGAACAUCGGCAGUGGACAGCCAGGCGUGAUGCACGUACGCGGUGGCGGAGGUGGACCAGACAUAAUUUUUGCUCGACAAGGAGGGCGCGGUCCUCUUAACUUGAUGGAACUGUUUGGUGGCGGUGGCGGAGGACGGUUUGGCGACGCCGUCUUUAGCCAAGAAGGUCUCGAUCGGGUCAUCACACAACUCAUGGAGCAGCACCAGAGCGGAAAUGCGCCGGGUCCAGCAUCGCAAGAAGCGAUCAACUCAUUAGAACGGAGGCCGAUCGACAAGGACGACUUGGAUGAGAUGAGCAAAAAGGCAGAGUGCAGCAUCUGCAUGGACGAGACGCCUCUAGGGACGAUCGUGACGGCUCUGCCUUGCAAGCACUGGUUCCAUCACGACUGCAUCGAAGCCUGGCUCACCGAACACGACACAUGCCCACACUGCCGACAAGGCAUCACGCCACGGGAUGGCGACAACUCCAACCAAGCGCGUCGACCCGACCAGCCACCACUGCACGAUACCCAGUCACCUCGACAUCAGAACACUUCCAUCCCCGGCGCUUUCCCUUUCCCCUCUGCCCGGGCAGAGUCGAGUGAGCCCAGAUCUACCUGGGGACCGUCAGAUCCGCCACAAUCACCAUCGCCGGUUCCGAAUUCUGAGACGAGGCCUGCGACUGGCAGAACGACGAGCGCGAGCGAUCUCUUCUCGCGGAUGAGGAACGCCUUUGGAGGAGGCUAUGGCGGUGCUGGAGGCGGCAGUGGCAGUGGGAGCGGCACGCACGAGGGUCAAUGA